GAAUGCCACCCAGAACUUCUUAUCACAGAGAGCAAAUUCCUAAGACCCGAGUCGCUGAAUGAGUUAAUGAAGGUUGUACUAUUUACUUAUCAGAUCUAGGGCGUUAUAAACAGCCCUUUUAUUUAGAUGUUUCAACAUUUGGCGUUGUGAAAAGAAUAAACCCGCUCGUCGCCAAGAUCAAGUUACCCUGAUUCGCCGACGGUCGCUCGCUUCUACACCCUUCAACCGGAAGCAAACAUCUUUGGAGCCAAUCAGAAUCAGGCUACAGUUUGUUUGUUCAGUUCGUUUGUUUUGUUGUCCAAUUCGAUCUUAAACGUACGAACUCUUUCAAACAAGUUUUUAACCCAUAAAGAUCCCAAGCAAUGAAGAUCUAUUUUCUCCCAACAGUGUCAAUAUGUAUCCAAAAGAAAAGGUCACGAGAUUUUACUCCAAUCAUGAUCAUCAAGAGGGGAAGUUCUUUGAUCCAUUAUCAAAUUCUCUCAACUAAUUCUGUAAGGAAAUGUGUAGAGAUCAGUGUGGAGAAUUUGCUUGUCGAUAUUUGGGGUUCAGUGUUAAUUGCUUUGUGUGUAAACAAAAUCACGUUACUAAGCACGUGUUUGUUUAUUUUCAUUCGUAGCUUUCCUGUUUUCUCUCUUGGACUUUUAGGGUCCGACUUCUAUUUCCACGAGCACUCAUGUUACGUGCAUUACAUUUCAUUUUUGUUGUUGUCCUUUUCCAUAGUUCAUUGGCCACAGAGUUCACUCUCUUGUGCGUAUUAAUUUGUUUGUUUGUUUGUUUUUUUGUAGGUGUUAAUUUAUAAUUCAAGCGUUGAUAACCAAGAAUCUUAUGAAGAAGAGGCUGCGGUUUUCUUUUUGGAACUUUUAAUCAGAGUUGUUUUGCAGAACAGGUAG